AGUGGAGCAGCUAUCAGUAACCUUCAUUUUACACAAGAAUCUCACCACAAUGGUGUCUUCAGUGUUUUUCUUCUGUCUUUUGUGCCUGUUAUUCGGAAAAAUGGUUCAGAUGACAGAGUCGCAAAUGUUCUCAUCUGAACAUCAAGAGUCUCGUUUCAUAUCAGCUCAAGUUGGUGGAAAAGUGACACUAAAAUGUUUAUAUGAUGCUCACGUUUCUGCAAGAGUGUUCUGGUUUAAGCAAAAUCUGGGACAAAAACCAAAGAUCAUCUCUCACUUUUUCAAAUAUAAUGUGAACAACUCUUUUAAUGAAGAGCUCAAGAACAACCCACGCUUUACACUGGAUACACAAGAUGGCAAAUAUCACUUGACAAUCAAAGCUUUGCAAAUUUCAGACUCAGCUACUUACUACUGUGUUCAGUAUUCAUACACUUUAACCUUUUUAGAGAACAUCAUCAUCAGUGUAAAAGGUUCAGGUGUGAACAUCAAAGCUGUGGUGCAGCAGUCAGCAUCUGAGACCAUCCAGCCAGGAGGCUCCGUGACUCUGAACUGUACAGUACACACUGGGACCUGUGAUGGAGAGCACAGUGUUUACUGGUUCAAAGACUCAGACGAAUCCCAUCCUGGACUCAUUUACACACAUUUGGGCAGAAACGAUCAGUGUGAUAACAAACCCAGCACACAAACGCACACCUGUGUCUACAGCUUGCCAAUGAGCAACUUGAGUGUUUCUCAUGCUGGGACCUACUACUGUGCUGUUACCUCAUGUGGACGCAUCCUAUUUGGAAAUGGGACCAAGCUGGAGCCUAAAGGCACGUUUAAUUCUCAUGGCUUGGUGUAUUUCUUGAGCGGAGCUUUGACAUUCAGCACCAUCCUCAGUGUUUUACUGGGAUACUUGCUGUACAAGACAAACAAAAGAAACAGACAGCAAUCGACAGAAUCUCAAGCAAGAUUUUCAGGCCCUGCAACAACAAGUUCGGAGGGUUACCAGCAUGCUGACAGCCUUCAUUAUGCUGCUUUAAGCAUUAAAAUCCCCAAGAGAUCAAGAACACAGAGAAACAACACCGAGAAUGAAUGUGUUUACUCGGCUAUAAACAAAUAAAAGAUGGAUAUUUGUAAAUCAUGUAGUUAUUUCUUUGAAUCUCCUUGAAAUGGCUGCAGUCUUAUCUUGUUACAUAGAUGUUUUUGUAGUUUUAUACUGGUUAAAUAGGAAUGAUUGCCACUUAGGAACUGUAUUUGUGAUUUUACCUGUAUGGCAUACUGUAAAUGUAUGCUCUUUCUUUCUUUCUGCUGCUGUGGCUCAGGUGGUAGAAUCUGCCAAUUGGAAGAUUAGUUGCCCAGGUAUUCCUGUCCACAUGCUGAAGCAUCCUUCUCCAUGACACUGGACCAUGAGUUGCCUCCAAUGUAUCCAUCAGAGUGUGACAGAGUUACAGAGUGUGAAUACCAGAACAAUGCUUAGUGAAGAUAAAAGUUUUCUCUGAAUAUGCUUCAUUAAAUGUAUAAGACUUCUUGUCAGGGGGGCUGGAUCUCUGACCCACUAUUUUUUGAGUUAUUUUGUAUUUUUUGAUUACUUACGAGAUAAAGUUCUGGGGUUGUUAUUAGUUCAUCUUAGUUUAAGUUUAGCCAAAUUUGGGUUAUCGUCAACGUCUCCUUGUUUUUGAGUCUUUUUCCGUUUGUCAUGUGUUAUCUCCUUGUCUAUGUAGGUUUCCCUUGUGUCUCUCUCCUCUGUGUCCCUCUCCCUCUCUGUGUCUCUUGUGUCAAGCUUGCGUGUCCUAGUUCAUGUCUCUCCUUGUUUCCUGUUUUAUUUUGAAAAUCUUGUUUCCAUGUUCAGUGUGUUUAGUUUUGCUUCCCCUGUGGCGUCACGAUCAUUUGUGCCAGUGUUCAGUCCCAGUUUAGGUUUAGUUUCGCCCUCAUUUCGCCUCGUCUUGUAGUUCUCUUUUUUUGUAUUAGCUGUAGUAAAGGCUCGCUUUUUGUUGAA